AUGGGAAUUCCAGCAUUUUUUCGUUGGUUAACAAAAAAAUAUCCAUCUAUUAUUGUGAGCUGUAUUGAAGACAAUCCUUCAAUGGAUACUCAAGGCGUUUCUCAUCCAUUAGAUGAAACUGGUUCGAAUCCAAAUGGAAUAGAAUUUGAUAAUCUUUAUCUGGAUAUGAAUGGAAUUAUUCAUCCAUGUACACAUCCAGAAGAUCGGCCACCACCGAAAAAUGAAGAUGAAAUGAUGAUAUUAAUAUUUGAAUGUAUCGACCGUUUAUUUUCUAUUGUUCGUCCACGUAAAUUACUUUAUAUGGCCAUUGACGGUGUUGCACCACGAGCUAAAAUGAAUCAACAACGUUCAAGACGUUUUCGAGCAUCAAAAGAUACGAUUGACAAAGCUCAACAAAUGGAAAAAAUAAAAAAUGAGAUUCUCGCCAACGGUGGUCUUUUACCUGAAGAUAAAACUCAACAACAGGAAACUGAACACUUCGAUUCUAAUUGUAUUACUCCCGGUACACCGUUCAUGUCGAAAUUAGCUGAUCAUCUUCGUUAUUAUAUACGACAUCGCAUGAAUACAAAUCCAGCUUGGCAUUCAAUCAAAGUUAUUUUAUCGGAUGCCAAUGUUCCUGGUGAAGGUGAACAUAAAAUAAUGGAUUAUAUUCGUCGACAACGUGCACAACCAGAUCAUGACCCGAACACACAUCAUGUUUUAUGUGGUGCUGACGCUGAUUUAAUUAUGCUUGGUUUAGCCACACAUGAACCUUAUUUUACUAUUAUACGUGAAGAAUUUAAACCAAAUUCACCACGCCCAUGUGAUAUAUGUAAACAGUUCGGUCAUAACAUGAAACAAUGUCAAGGUAUUCCAAAAGAAAAAUUUGGUAAACAUGAUGAAUUACAAUCAACUAAAUAUUAUAGUGAAACUCGAUAUAUAUUUGUACGACUUUCUAUAUUACGUGAAUAUCUUUAUCGAGAUUUAGAAAUUCAUCAUCAAUUACCAUUCGAAUGGGAUCUCGAACGUGCUAUUGACGAUUGGGUAUUUAUGUGUUUUUUUGUUGGAAAUGAUUUUCUACCACAUUUACCAUCACUUGAAAUAAGCGAACAGGCAAUUGAUCGUCUGAUUAAUAUUUAUAAAGAAAAUGUACCCAAAUUUAAAGGUUAUUUAACAAAAAAUGGAAUACCAUAUUUAGAACGUGUAGAAAUCAUUUUAACAAGUAUCGGUAAAAUGGAAGAUGAAAUAUUUAUGCAACGCCAUGAAAACGAUCAACAACAACGACAACGCGAACGAAACCGUUCAAACAAUUAUCAAUCAUCAAAUAAACGAUUUAAAUCGGCAACAGAUCGUAAUAGACCUGUACCUGUUUGGACAUCAUCUAGUCAAGUACAACUUGGUUCGUAUACGAAUAAUAAAAGUCAAGGUACCGAAAAAUGUGACUACAAUGAAGAAGAAGAUAAUGAUCCGAAUGAUAAUGUUCGACUUUGGGAAGAAGGUUGGCGCGAAAGGUAUUAUAAAAAAAAAUUUAAUAUCAAGAAAAAACAUGUGGAAAAAUUUCGAACACAAAUUGCACAACACUAUACUCGAGGUUUAUGUUGGGUUCUUCAAUAUUAUUAUCAAGGUGUACCAGCAUGGGAUUGGUAUUUUCCUUAUCAUUAUGCACCAUUUGCAUCGGAUUUUCUGCAUCUAAACGAUGUACCAGUCCUAUUCGAUAAUACAACAAAACCAUUUAAACCAUUGGAACAAUUAAUGUCUGUAUUUCCUUCUCAAUCUCGAAAUUUUCUACCUUCCGAAUGGCAACUGUUAAUGACGGAAAAAGAAUCUCCUAUUAUUGAUUUUUAUCCAUUAAACUUUGGUAUUGAUCUAAAUGGGAAACGUUAUGAAUGGCAAGGUGUAGCGUUAUUACCAUUUGUUGAUGAACAACGUUUACAUCGAACACUUGCACAUGUCUAUUCAACAUUAACCGAUGAAGAACGAAAACGUAAUAAGCGUGAUUACAGUAGAUUAUAUAUUCAUUCGAGUAAUUCAUGUUAUGAUUAUUUGAAACAAUCAUAUAUUCAAGGUAAAAAUAAAAUAAGAAGAAAACAGCCACUUUUCAUACCAACUACAUUAAAUGGUGGUAUGGCUGGACGUAUAUGGUCUGAUGAUGGUGAUAAAAUAAAACUUAUUGGAGAAAAAAUUACAGCACCAUUACCCAAUUGUGAAGAUAUUCUCGAUAAUCAAGUUAUUUCUGUUAAAUAUCGAGAUUUAUCAUUUGAUGAUGAUUAUAAAUUCGAGGCUAAACUAUUAGGGAAUGUUUCAAUGCCGAAAGCAAUAUUAAAGUCUCAUAAUUAUGAUGCAACGACACCUUAUCGGUCACAAUCUCAAAAAGAUUUCACACGUAAACGUAUUCACAAUGCUGAUAAUGUUUUCUAUUAA